AUGGAGAAGGCAAAUAAUGGAAAGGAGAAUAAAAAUUGGGCAAACCUGUUUGAAGGGAAUAGAAUAGUUGCAAAAGGUAUGAAUCUCACUUUCAUUGCUCUUCAAAUUGGUAAUGGUGUCAAAAUUGUGCAAUUGGAAAAGGAAAAGGUGGAUAGGGGGGCGGAGAAAUGGCGAAAUGCUGUAAUAAUGUAUGUAACUGGGGAAACGCUUACAAUUGGGGUUGUUGAACGAUUCAUUGAAUCAGAGUGGAACUUCAUAGCCAAGCCUAAAGUUUACUUGAACAAUGAAGGUUAUUUCAUUGUCAAAUUCACAUGCAAGGAUGACCAAAAUGAGGCCCUGGUUUUAGGGCCAUACACAAUCAACAACAAGCAUAUAAUAACCAAAGCAUGGACUCCAAAUUUCAAUUUUGAUGAAAAGAGUAUGAACUCACUAAGUAGAAUAUGGAGUGGACUAGGGAACCCUCUAUAUGAUGAUGAUUGUAUAACAAAAGUCGAAAGGGUCUCAUAUGCAAGGAUGCUCAUUGAGAUGAAUGUCACUCAACCAUUGCCAACAAAGCUGAAUGUUGAAGAACAUAAUGGAACGAUGUUUGAACAUGAGAUAACAUAUGACUGGAAACCUUUGUUCUGUCCUACAUGCUUGCAAUUAGUAGGGCAUUGCUGCCAACAAAAAGACAAUGUGGGACCAAUUCAAACCACCAGGAAUUGGGAACAACAGCCACAAGCUAUGAAAAUGUCUACAAAGCAAGUACGGGUGAAAGCAGGACAAAGUAAAAUUGUAACACAAGCGGAAACUAAAAAGGACAAGGAAGAAUCAGGCAAUAAUGGAAAAGCUAAAGAGGGUGAGGAAGGCUGGACAGAAGUGCAAGGCAGAUCAGUUGGGAAUACAACUAAAGUAGGCCAAGUAGAGAAUACACAACAGCUAGUUAGCAUAAAUGGUUUCAAUUCACUCAGUGAAGAAGAAAAUAAACAGAGAAUGGACCACAACAUGCACAGUUUGAAGAAGGGGGAGCAAGUAGCAUAG